UCACAAUAAUGUCAUUUGUCAUUUUUAACCAAAAAAAACUCGUUUGAGUAGCGUUGGUUUUUACAAAUGAACAAUUGUUAAAAUAUUAAUUACUUUUUUCCAAUUUUACGAGGCUUUUUGAUAAGUCUCCAGUAUAAAAUUUAUUCUAAUAUUAGUGUUGUUCUAGUAUAAAUAUAAAAGAUGGAUAUUCGACCAAAUAAUACAAUUUAUAUAAAUAAUCUCAACGAAAAAGUUAAAAAGGAAGAAUUGAAGAAAUCUUUAUAUGCAAUUUUUUCUCAAUUCGGUCAAAUAUUGGAUAUAGUAGCUUUAAAAACUUUAAAAAUGAGAGGUCAAGCUUUCGUUAUAUUUAAAGAAAUUCAAAGCUCUACAAACGCUUUAAGAUCGAUGCAAGGAUUUCCUUUCUACGAUAAACCAAUGCGUAUACAGUAUGCCAAACAAGACUCUGACAUAAUCUGUAAACUCAAAGGAACAUAUCAAGAAAGGCCGAAAAAAGUUAAACCACCAGUAUCUAGAGACGAAGAAGCGCCCAGAAAGAAAAAGAAGAAGGACCCCAACAGAGCACCAGGAGCAGCAAAUUCUGAACAACCUCCCAACCAAAUUCUUUUCCUUACAAAUCUACCUGACGAAACAAGUGAGAUGAUGUUGUCGAUGCUGUUUAACCAAUUUCCUGGUUUCAAAGAAGUACGACUCGUACCUAAUAGACAUGAUAUCGCUUUUGUUGAAUUUGAAAAUGAGUUACAGUCAGGUGCAGCAAAAGAUGCACUUCAAGGAUUCAAGAUUACACCUACACAUGCGAUGAAAAUAUCAUUUGCAAAGAAAUAAUAAGUUGAAAAUUUUGUAUUACUUCAGUAAACAGUUUUCAAUCAUUA